AUGUCAGCCAUCCCCGAGGCGCUGGGUCGCCCGCGGAGCAGCUCCUCCCGCAGCCUGGCCGGGACGCUGGAGGCCACCGUGGGCAUGGGGACGUUGGAGAUGGACAAGGAAGAGAUGCGCAUCCUCAAGGUCUGCUUCUACAGCAACAGCUUCAACAUGGGCAAGAACUUCAAGCUGGUGAAGUGCCCCGUGACGACGGAGAUCCGGGAGGUGAUCAGGUCCAUCCUGGUGAGCGGUCGCAUCGGGCCUGACAUCAAGCUGGCCGAGUGCUACGGGCUCCGCCUGAAACAUGUGAAGUCGGACGAGAUCCACUGGUUGCACCCAGACCUGACGGUGGGCGAAGUGCAGGAGAAGUACGAGUGCCUGCACCUGGAGGCUGAGUGGAGGUACGAUCUCCAGAUCCGCUAUCUGCCAGAGGAUUUCGUGGAGCGAUUCAAAGAGGACAGGACCACCUUGCUCUACUUCUACCAGCAGCUCCGGAGCGAGUACAUGCAGAAUUACGCCAGCAAGGUGAGCGAAGGCAUGGCCCUGCAGCUGGGCUGCCUCGAGCUCAGGAGGUUUUAUAAGGACAUGCCUCAAAACGCACUGGAUAAGAAGUCCAACUUCGAGUUCCUGGAGAAGGAGGUGGGUCUGGACCUCUUCUUCCCCAGCCAGAUGCAGGAGAACCUGAAGCCCAAGCAGUUUCGGAAGAUGAUCCAGCAGACCUUCCAGCAGUACGCGCUGCUGCGGGAGGAGGAGUGCAUCCUCAAGUUCCUCCACACCCUCGCCACCUUCGCCAACAUCGACCAGGAGAGCUACCGCUGCGAGCUCAUCGUGAGUCCGCCGAAUGGGAUGCUGGGGCUCAGUGGCACCCCCCAGUCCCUGGCUAUCAAGACAGCUUCUCUGGCCGAGGCGGAGAACAUGGCCGACCUCAUCGAUGGCUACUGCCGGCUGCAAGGGGACUUGGAAACCUCCCUCAUCAUCUUCCCCAGGAGAGAGCGGGAGAAGAGGAUCAGCCUGCCGCAGAUCCCGGCCCCGCACCUGGAGGAAAGGCAGUCCACGCUGUCGGACAGCGUGAGCGUGGACUCCGAUAUUUAUGCUGAAAUCCCUGAUGAGUCUUCAAGACCGAGGUCUGGAGUCCAGCACUACGGGAUCUCCCGGGAGGACGUCACGUUGGGCAGGAUCCUUGGAGAAGGCUUCUUCGGAGAGGUCUACGAUGGGAUCUACACCACCCCAAAAGGGGAGCGGAUCAACGUGGCUGUGAAGACCUGCAAGAAGGACUGCAGCCCGGAGAACAAGGACAAGUUCCUGAGCGAAGCGGUGCUGAUGAAGAAGCUGGACCACCCCCAUAUCGUGAAGCUCAUCGGCAUCGCGGAAGAGGAGCCCACUUGGAUCAUCAUGGAGCUUUACCCCUACGGAGAGCUGGGGCAAUACCUGGAGCAGAACAAGCACUGCCUCACUGUGCCCACGCUCGUCCUCUACGCACUGCAGAUCAGCAAAGCCCUGGCCUACCUGGAGGCCAUCAACUGUGUGCACAGGGAUAUUGCCGUGAGGAACGUCCUGGUGGCCUCCCCAGAGUGCGUGAAGCUGGGAGACUUCGGGCUCUCCAGGUACAUCGAGGACGAGGAGUACUAUAAAGCGUCCGUCACCCGUCUCCCCAUCAAGUGGAUGUCACCCGAGUCCAUCAACUUCCGCCGCUUCACGACAGCCAGCGACGUCUGGAUGUUCGCUGUGUGCAUGUGGGAGAUCCUGAGCUACGGCAAGCAGCCCUUCUUCUGGCUGGAGAACAAGGACGUGAUUGGGGUGCUGGAGAGGGGCGACCGCCUGCCCAAGCCCGACCUCUGCCCCCCCGUCCUCUACACCCUCAUGACGCGCUGCUGGGACUACGACCCCAGCGAAAGGCCCAAGUUCAAGGACUUGGUUUGCAACUUGAGUGACAUUUACCUGAUGGAGAAGGAGCUGGCCAAGGAGCAGGAGAGGAACAACCGCCACCGGCCUCCCAAAAUCAUGGAGCCGCCGUCCUUCCAGGAGCCACCUCCGAAGCCCAGCAGACCCAGGUACAAGCCACCACCCCAGAGCAACCUCCUGGCUCCCAAGCUGCAGUUCCAGGUGCCCGAGGGUCUGUGUGCCAGCUCGCCUACGCUCACCAGCCCCAUCGAGUACCAGUCUCCAGCCAACUCCCUGCACACCCCGCCGCUCAACCGCCACAACGUCUUCAAACGCCACAGCAUGAGGGAGGAAGAUUUCCUCCGUCCCAGCAGCAGGGAGGAGGCGCAGAAGCUCUGGGAAAUUGAGAGGCUCAAGAUGCGGCAGGUCCUGGACAAGCAGCAGAAGCAGAUGGUGGAGGACUACCAGUGGCUGCGGCAGGAGGAGAAGUCCCUGGACCCAACAGUGUUUAUGAACAACAGCGCUCCUCUGCUGCUCCCGGAGAAGGAGACGGAUUACAACGGCAUAGCGGAGUUCACGGGGCCCCCCCAGAAGCCUCCAAGACUUGGGGCACAGUCCAUCCACCCGGCCCCCACUGCCAACCUGGACCGCACAGAUGACACGGUGUACAGCAACGUCAUGGACCUGGUGCAGGCCGUGCUGCAGCUGAAGAACGAGAUCAGCCUCCUGCCCCCAGAGGGGUACAUCCUCGUGGUGAAGAACGUGGGCCUGUCCCUGCGGAAGCUGAUUGGCAGCGUCGACGAGAUCCUGCCCAUCCUGCCCGCCGCCUCCCGCACCGAGAUCGAGGGGACCCAGAAGCUGCUCAACAAGGACUUGGCCGACCUCAUCAACAAGAUGCGCCUGGCACAGCAGAACGCCAUCACCUCGCUGAGCGAAGAGUGCAAGCGGCAGAUGCUGACGGCCUCCCACACCCUGGCCGUGGAUGCCAAGAACCUCCUGGAUGCCGUGGACCAAGCCAAGGUCCAGGCCAACCUGGUGAAGCUGUGCUUGGAGUGA